AUGCCACAUUGGAAAUCAUCUGUGCAUCAAAAACGCGCGGCCCAACUUAGCGCCAUCCCUCCCUCCUGGCGUCUCCCUUCCACAGUCCUCAUUCCUCCCCUCCCUAACACUCUCGAAACCAUCCGAACGUGCGGCCUCCUUUCUGCGGAGGAGCUUGAAUGGACCGAGACUGACGAUGUGACAAAUCUGCUUUCCCUCGUGGCCUCAAGAGAGGUGAGUUCCGUGCAGUUGACCACAGCAUUCUGCAAGCGGGCGGCAAUCGCGCAGCAGAUGACCAAGUGUCUGACGGAGAUCUUUUUCGACCGGGCGUUGGCGCGAGCGAAGGAGCUGGAUGAUCAGUAUGAGAAGACUGGUAUCCUGACAGGACCUCUGCACGGAUUACCAGUUUCCAUCAAGGAUCGGUUUGAUGUGGAGGGGAUGGAUACUACGGUUGGAUGGGUUGGCUUGAUUGGAAAGCCAGCGCAGAGGUCCAGUUCCAUCGCCAGAUUGCUUGAGUCCAUGGGCGCAGUGCUCUACGUCAAGACGAAUAUACCACAGUCUCUGAUGAUGUCUGACUCGUACAACCACGUCUUCGGCCAGUCCAUCAACGCAUUUAACCACGAGCUCAUCUCUGGCGGCAGCUCCGGAGGCGAAGGCGCCCUGAUCGGUGCGCGAGGCAGUAUUCUAGGUAUCGGGACGGAUAUCGGGGGCUCGAUCCGCAUCCCGGCUGCCUUGCAGGGUCUCUACUCUAUCUGUCCGACGGCGGGCCGUGUCCCGUGGGACUGUUCUUUCAUGCAUCAGCACUACCUCGUUCCCCCAGUCGCAGGGCCCAUGGCUCGAAGCAUCGCGACAAUUGAGUACUUUAUGCAAUCACUUCUCGAUUCGAGCCCCUGGGACAUGGACCCAGGUUGCAUACCCAUUCCCUGGAGGAAGGAGUUAGCAGCCUUACCUGAUCGCAAGCUCAAGUUGGGAGUCGUCUUCGACGACGGGGUGGUCAAGCCACAGCCGCCUAUAACUCGGGCUCUACGCGAGGUGGUAACGAAGCUUGCAGCAGCUGGCCAUGAAGUCAUCGAAUGGAGCACUACUCUCCACACACCAGGGACAAAUCUUUGGAAGAAAGCUAUCCUAGCAGACGGGGGCUCGCACUGCAAACACCUCUGCGACAUUGUCGAUGAGCCAUUGAUCGAAGGCAUGGUAGUCGGGACUGCAGCGGAUGAACUUUCCAUUCUGGAACGGGAAAAGCUCGAAGAAGAAAAGUGGCUCUUCCAAGAACGUUUUCUAAAGCAGUGGAAAGACAGCGGAAUCGAUGCGCUCCUCAUGCCUGUAACGCCCUGGGUCGGGUACAAGCCGAAAACGUGGGUCAAGAGCGCCCAGUGGCUGGGUUAUACGGCCCUCUGGAACCUCCUGAACUACGCGGCAGUGACGGUGCCUGUGACGAGCGCAGAUCCGGCUCUAGAUCAGCCCGGUCAAGAUUGGCUGGCUCACACUCCUCGGAACCAGUCUGAUGGGUUCAAUCAUGGCCAGUACGACGUCGAUUUGGUCAAGAAUAUGCCAAUCUGCAUACAGAUCGUAGGAGGGCGGUUCGGGGAGGAAAAGGCUGUUGCUGUUGCGAAAGUGGUUGAUGAGCUUACACAUUCGUGA